CGCAUUGCUGCGAGAUAACCAAGGACUCUUUUUUGCUCUUCUCACACCUUUGAAGUGGGGGCCUCUUGAGGCAAAUCAACAAGAAUGUGGCUCCUGCCGCCGAGGCUCCCGGAGGCGGUUGGGGCUGCUCAAGGCGAGGGGCGGUGGAGCGGCCGGCCGGCCGGGCCGAUAACUUUAAAAGGGCAUCUUCUGCUGGCUCCUCACGCCGCAGCUUUAUCGCGGCAAGUGACAGAAUGGGGAGGGUUCUGUCCCUCCUGCGCUCUCCGAGAGCCAGGGGGGGCUAUAAAAAGAGGAGGCGCAGGGCAGCUGAGAGCCGGAGCCGAGCGAAGGUCAGCGGAGAGGAGCCGGAGAGGAGAGAGAGAGAGAGAGAAGGCAGCCAGCAGCAGACCACUCCCCGACCGAACGCCGCCAGCAUGGGCUCCUGCUCCACCAUCACCGCCAGCCUCCUCCUCCUCCUGGUGGUCCAGCUCCCAGGGCAGACCAGAGCCAACCCCGUGUAUGGCCCCGUGGCCAACGCCGAACUGAUGGAUUUCAAGAACCUGCUGGAGCGUUUGGAGGACAAGAUGCCUCUGGAAGACGAGAUGAUGCCCCCGCAGGGACUAAGCGAGCAGAACGAGGAAGCCGGGGCUGCGCUCAGCCCCCUCCCUGAGCUGCCGCCCUGGACGGGGGAGGUCAGCCCAGCCCUGAGGGAGGAGGGGGCCCUGGGGCGGGGCCCCUGGGACGCCUCCGACAGGUCUGCCCUCCUGAAGAGCAAGCUGAGGGCGCUGCUCGCCGCCCCCCGGAGCCUGCGGAGGUCCAGCUGCUUCGGGGGCCGGAUGGACAGGAUCGGGGCCCAGAGCGGCCUGGGCUGCAACAGCUUCCGGUACCGGAGAUAGGGCCGGGCCCCCUGGACGCCAACAGGCCCCGGCGCCCCCUCCCC